GUGAUCCUGAGGCCCCGCCCCUUUUCGGAGCGUGGGCAAAAAAAAAUUUUUUUUAAAAAAAGGAGCAGGUGAAGAGAAGCCCAGUUGCUCUCUGGGCCCUUUGGGAGCGUGGAAGUGGCAGAGCUUCCCCUUUGGGGUGUGGUCCUUAGCAAGGGCCAAACUUUGCCCAUUCUUUUUGCUUUUUGACUGCUUUCUGCCCAGCAAAGCUUGUUUUAUUUACUCGGAGGGGCGAGGGAGGGAAAGGAAGCCCCUUCCCUUUGGUGGGAUCUUUUGUAACCUUAACUUCCAGAUAUUUCAGAUUACAAUGCUUCAUCAACUAUAAGCAGCCUGACCUUUGGUUUUGCUGGCAGGGAAUGUUGGCUGCUGUAGAGAGCCCCAAAUCUGGUGGGCUCCAGGCAGGGGAAGGCUAGCUUGGAGCCAGACCAGCUGGUGGCUGUUUCUGUUGUUAUUAGGACUUCAGUAAUAGUGGACAAGGAGCAGUAAAGUUGAGGCCUGUCUGUGGAUGGGGGAGUCAAGGAUAUUACUGUCUUUAUUUGGCUGCAUUGCUUUUAAUUUUUGUUUAGCUUUCGUAUGAAAUUCGAACUUGAGUCUAAAGCAGGCGUGUCCAAUCUUUUGCCUUGCCUGAGCCGCAAUGAGUGAAGAGGUCUUAUCUCGGACUGCAUAUAAUAAUGUAUAUGAAUGCACAUAAAUGUUAAAAGUUUACGAUCUUGUGAGGUUGCAUUGCUAGCUGUCCAGGGCUGCAUGUGAUUUAUUGGCCUGGAGUUGGACACGCCUGGUCUAAAGGCAAGGUUGCAGCUCAGAUACUUUUUUUGUCCCAUGGUUAGCUUGGGUGCCAUUCUACCAGGAAAGCUGUGCUUUACAGUAAUUGUAAUUUGCACCUCAUGCAGCAUCAGCUAAGAAAUAGCAUUAGGCUUCUUCUCAUCAACAAGAUAAAAAGGCCCACCUGUGCUCAAGUCCCUAAGGAUAAAGUAGCAGGGGUGUUAUGAUCUGCAGUCGCCUUUCAUUAAGCAGCAAAAGAGGAUGAAGAUCUACCAGAUGGAAAAAGCCUUGCCACGGCUGCCUGCCAAGCAGACCCAGUUACAAGAGCCAGAGGGAUGGUUGUAGUCACGGGGCAGACCAAAGCUUGUGGACACCUGGGCGAUGCCAUGUCGAGCUCAGAUGCAGAGGAUGAUUUUCAAGAGCCUGCCACUCCAACAGCAACCCAGGCAGAGCACUCCCUGUCCCUGCUUCCUCAGCAGUUCCCUGAAGUAGUUCCACUAAACGUUGGAGGCACCCAUUUCAUGACCAGGCUGUCAACACUGAAACGUCAUGAAGACACCAUGUUGUCAGCCAUGUUCAGUGGCCGGCAUUACAUCCCAACAGAUGCUGAGGGCAGAUAUUUUAUUGACAGAGAUGGAACAUAUUUUGGUGAUGUGCUUAAUUUUCUACGAUCUGGUGACUUGCCUCCAAGAGAAAGAGUGAGGUCUGUUUACAAGGAAGCUCAGUAUUAUUCCAUAGGACCAUUGCUAGACAGUCUAGAAGAGCUCCAGCCCCUGAAAGGAGAGAAAGUCCGGCAGGCUUUUCUGGGCUUAAUGCCCUAUUACAAAGAGCAUCUAGAGCGAAUCAUUGAAAUAGCUAAGCUGCGGGCAAUGCAAAGGAAAGCUCGAUUUGCUAAGCUAAAGAUCUGCGUCUUCAAAGAAGAGAUGCCCAUCACGCCCUACGAGUGCCCACUUUUCAACUCCCUCCGUUUUGAGAGGAGUGAAGGGGAGGCCAAGCUUUUUGAGCACCAUUGUGAGGUGGAUGUGUCCUUUGGGCCAUGGGAAGCCGUGGCAGAUGUGUACGAUCUCCUCCAUUGCAUUGUGACGGACCUUUCUGACAGGGGCAUCACAGUGGACCAACAAUGUAUUGGGGUGUGUGACAAACACUUGAUUAACCAUUACUACUGCAAGCGCCCAAUCUAUGAAUUCAAGAUCACGUGGUGGUAGGCCCUUAGCACAAGGAGCACGAAAGAGAGCAGGCUGGUGUGUAACCUUGUUUGUGUAUUACCAGUCUGGGUUCUGUGAACUGUGGUAUUGCUGAUAUGUGUUGGAAUGUGUCUAUCUUGCAGGAGAAUUUGUCCUCCAAAGCUAGCUGUGGAGCUCACUGGAAUUUGCCCUAUGCUUCUUGCUUGAAAGAAAAAUCCUCCUAAAAGGAAGCAUGUUAAUGUGGAUACUACAGAAUAGUCACAGCCAUAGAUAAGAAUGGAGGAUCAUGUUGCUUACACAGCUUGCAGAGGUGUUUAAAGGGCUCUUAUACACAGCUGACCUCCACUAUCCAACUGCCUCACUUGCUUUGCACUGCUUUGCAAAAAAUGGGUCUUGCUGGGGUGAAAUAUUACAAAGGAUUCUUUUUGCAGAGACUCAGUUGGCUGUUGAUGUAGCCACCUGGUGGCAGAAGUAGAUAGCAGCACUUUAUUUUGUAUAACUUCCAUUUCUGCUGCUCAUGAUUUCAUUGUUACAACCUUUAGAACAAAAGAAUGAAGUAUCUCUGAAUACUGAGAUGAUUUUUUUUUAAAGAAGAAAAUGGCUGAAAAAUUCCUUAAGUCUGUGUUUAAAGUUACUGUUUUAACUAUAAUUCUGUGCUGGGGUAUGUAUAGAUCUGUUGAAAAUUAAUUUAUUUCCAUCUUCCUGCUAAGGAAUGAUAAUUUCAUCUGUUGAAAUGGUCAUGGUUUCUUCAAGCUAUCUAGAUUGCAUUUCUUCAUAAAAAAUGAAAAGAAAUGAUUACGAAAAUGAAUUGUGCCUGCUUUUGAACACCAACAGCUUUACCUGUUUUUAAAUACAUGUUUCCUUGCAGAGAUGGGUCUGCAAUUUAUUUUCUGAACCUGAGCCAAUCACACUAGUUUAUGUCCUGAUAUAAGGGUUAGGUGAAAAGGAGGGAUGAAAAAUAGUUCAGAUCUCCUGGUCCAAAAGUACUCAGUUGUGCUUCUUCAACUGCUGAGCUAGUGUGAUUUGUUGAAUUUGGUUGAUUGUGUGGAUUCAGUUACUGUGGUUUGUAAACUACUGUUUUGGAUUAGUGCGUUGCACUAAUUCAGCCAAUCACAGUUUACUCAAAGGUGAUAGUUAAACUGUGGCUUAGCAGAAUGUAUAAUUUCAGUAAAAGUAAGAUAUAUUAGGUUGACCCAAAUUAAGAUGGAUGAGCUAGCAACAUAUACUCACUUUCUUUUUGAUUGAAACAAGAAAGUCUCACAUUGUUCUUAUGGUAUUCAACUGGACCAAUAGUUGCCAUCCUUUUGGAGAUCUAUUAGACAACCUAUUAACUGUUGGGUCAUCUUUUGAGAGAAAGGUAGUGCACUCUGAUGUAACCAGAAUGAACAGUAAAUUUCCCCAUCUGAUUUGUGUUCUCCUCCUUUGCUGUUUCCUGAUAUUUGGGCAUCAUCUUUUGACAGUAAUAUCCCCCCUUUCUUUCCGCAUGGCAUAAUUAGGCUGACCAUAUUUAUUUUAUCCCCAUAUUGGAUGUUCCCACCACCAUCAUUAUCUCAAGAGUACAUGAUAUGACUGCAUGGAUGCUACAACAGCCAGAAAUUUGGAACGAAGAUUGGUAAUGUGGUGGAACCAUUGGAGGGCCCCCUCUAAGGGGAGUGAGGAGACAUUUCAAUUUAGAAUCUGGAGAAGGAAAUGUCUGAAGUCAAACCUUUAGGUCUGUAGUUGCUAUUUCCCAAGGGAAAGAAGACAGUUUGGCGAGAUUCUUGUAAUAUAGGUGAUCAACAAUAAACUACUUGGGCCUAUUCACAGGUGAUUCCAAUUGCUUUCACCUGACAGGUAUAAACAAUGGGUAAAUUUCAAUUCCACAGGAGUAAUAGGGCCCACAUAUUUUAUACACCCCUUAAUUUAGCAGAUUUGAGAUAUCUUUAUUCAAAAAUUAUUCUGGUAUAAUGUACCAUUUGGUCUUAACUGAAAGCCACAAACAGGAGAAUUUUAGUAGUGUAUAGAAGACAGAUGGUGGAAGAAUCCUUUCAGAGAACCAUGGUGGAAGAAAAUAUAGUGGCUGAAGAAUUUUCAGAAAAAGGAAUAAUUAAACCUUGGAAAAAUCUGCUUUUCUUGAAUCCUGAUGUUCAUCAAAUAUUUGAUGAGUCCCCAUCAAACAUACGUAUUCCCAUCAGGUUUUUCUUUCUUGACAUUUUUAUUGUUUGUUACUUUGGGUGACUGCCAGUUGCUAAUUGCAAGGGCUCCUAUGCAGUGCAUAGUUGUUGAGCAGAGAUUCAACAGGGUACCAGCAACAGCACAAGUAGCAAAUACAUGAGACCUAUGUGGCUUAUGGUUAGGGAUUAGCAUGCUAGCUACCUAUCUUUUGCCUAGAAUCAGUUUGCUGGGAGAUUAAUGAUCUUCUGAUGUAUCGGGCCACCCAGGUAGUUGGUGUAACAACCCUAGGUAGCUGCUGGCCAAUGUAGAAAUCUAAAAUUUGUCAAGAAUCUUACUAUACUUAUUAAAAUUACUGGUACCACAAAUAAUGCAGUGUUUAGAGAUGGGAUGCUGUACAUUGCUACAAUUAGGAAUUAUUCAGAAAAACGUGUUCCUCAGAAAUUAUUUAGGCUGCAAACCUAAAAGCACAGAAUCAACACUGUAGAACGCUUACUUUUGAAAACACAGAAUUAUUAUUUUCCUACAACUACGUUAAUUUGUGAAUUUAAAGCCUCUCCUCACUCUGCCUUUCAAUACAAAUAAAUUAACGUGCAUAAAAAUAUAAUCUGGAUAUAAAUGCUUUACAUAAAUAAUGUGUAAUUCUUAAUGUAUUACACCAAUUUUGUAAUUUCUGUUAUGAUUAUUCUUUAGACACUUAAAUCAUUUUAGUCAGAUGCGUUUGUACCUUAAGAUCUUUUUGUACAGUCCAGGGAUGAAAUCUACUUACCUUCCUUACCGGUUUGGAAGCACAGGCCCCACAUGCGUGCGCGUCACAUGCACGUACACCCCUGCGCAUGCGCAAAACCUGUAAUGACACCCGGGCAGCGAUCACUACUGGAUCGCCGAACCAUAGGGAAAAAUCGCUACCAGAUUGGGCGAUCCGGUCCGAUCCGGGAGCAUUUCACCCCUGGUGCAGUCCUAUAUAUAAAUGCGGGUUUCAAUACAUGUAUAUAAAAUUGCAGCCAAAAUGCCAUCUGGAAGAAAAAUGAGUGAAAUGUAAUUGGAAUGUGGAUGUUGCUCUUUAUGUCAAAAUGGCAAACAACGCUAAAACAAAAUGUGAUUCCCCCCCAAACUCCUCAUGUGUAAACUGUAUUGAAAUAUGUUGUGUCAGUAUUGUGCAAUAAAUUAUCUCACUACCUAA